AGUUCUCUUUCAAGAAUGUCUCAAGCUUCAUUGCUGUUGUGAGACAUAAUAUUUAUGCACUUUCUUCUUCUUCUUCUUCUUCAGAACAAGAACUCUCAUCCAUGGGUGAUGGUGAAGAAAGAAUGCUUCAAGCUCCAGUACUAGCCUCUGCGCCACAACAGGAAGGUAGGCAUAACGCAAAGCAUGAAGAUCAAUGGCUGAUCGUGGAAGGUGAUGAUGAUAAUAUCUUCAACGCAUCUUCACUUGAUAAUUCAAGUACUUCUAAUGGAUCAACUUGUUCGUCAGAUAUGGUAGAUGAUGCAUCUUCACCGACCUCUACCUUACCCUCUUCUUCAAAUUCUAACAAUGGUCCUUUGUUUGAAUUUUCUGAACUCAUGGCCCAUUUACCCAUCAAGAGAGGAUUAUCCAAAUAUUAUCAAGGCAAGUCUCAGUCUUUUACAUCUCUAUCAAGGGUAACAAGCAUUGAAGACCUUCCAAAGAAGGAAACUCCUUAUAUGAGGAAGAUCAAAGCAUCUAAGAGCUAUGGGAAUGGAUUGGAUGCCCACAAACCAUACACUCUUCCAAAAGCUAUCAUAUCAAAGAAGGUCUCAAGAGGUUUGUCUUCUUUAUCUUUUCCGGCAAGAAGAGGCAGUCUUCUAAAUAGCAGCAGGCCUCCUCCAGCUCCAGUACAAAAGAAGUUUUAGUGAGUGUAGUAGUAGUAGUUUUCUAGUUGCUUUACUUGAUGUAGAUACAAGCAAUGAACAAAAAAUUUUUGAUUGUGGAUAAAAAAUCAUAAUAAAGGAUAUGAGAGCCAACCCAUGUCAUUUUGCAGACAA